AUGUCUCUGUGUCUGUCUUUCCGAGGCAGAUGGAAGAUGGGGCAGAAGAACUCACUGGGGGGCUCCUCGCAGCUCCCCAAGCAGGACUACAAGGCCCUGAGGGAAAGGUGCCUGAUGGAAGGCCGCCUCUUUGAAGAUGACAGCUUCCCGGCCAGCCUGUGCUCUGUGGGCAGCGGGCCCCUAUUGCGGAAGCUGCCGCCCGGCCUGCAGUGGAGGAGGCCUCCGGAGCUGCACAGCAAUCCCCAGUUCUAUUCUGCUGACACCAAAAGGCUGGACCUGUGCCAGGGAGUGGUAGGUGACUGCUGGUUCUUGGCUGCUUUGCAAGCUCUGACUUUGCAUCAGGACAUCCUGAGCCGUGUCGUUCCCCUGAAUCAGAAUUUCACUGAGAACUAUGCCGGCAUUUUCCAGUUCUGGUUCUGGCACUUUGGGAAGUGGGUUCCUGUGGUAAUAGAUGACCGACUUCCUGUGAAUACAGCUGGCCAGCUGGUCUUUGUCUCUUCCACUUACAAAAACGUGUUCUGGGGAGCUCUUCUGGAAAAGGCCUAUGCUAAGCUGUCUGGCUCCUAUGAAGACUUGCAGCGUGGACAGGUGUCUGAAGCACUUGUGGACUUCACUGGAGGGGUGACAAUGACCAUCAAGCCGGCAGAGGCCCCUGGCAACCUCUGGGACAUCCUCACCUGGGCCACCUACAGCAGAACCCUCAUUGGCUGCCAGACACACUCAGGGAAAGAGAGGGUGCUGGAGAAUGGGCUGGUGGGAGGCCAUGCCUAUACCCUCACAGGAAUCAGAAAGGUGACCUGCAGACACGGACCAGAAUAUCUAGUCAAGCUGCGGAACCCCUGGGGCAAAGUGGAAUGGAAAGGGGACUGGAGUGACAGCUCAGGUAUGUGGGAGCUACUGAGCCCCAAGGAGAAGAUUCUGCUCCUGAGGAAAAGCAAUGAUGGAGAAUUCUGGAUGACACUGAAGGACUUUAAAACACAUUUCAUGCUUCUGGUCAUCUGUAAACUGACCCCGGGCCUGCUGAGUCAGGAUGUGGGCCAGAAGUGGACAUACACCAUGCGGGAGGGAAGAUGGGAAAAGGGGAUCACGGCCGGUGGCCCGAUGAAGUCACCCCGAGACACAUUCUGGAAGAACCCGCAGUUCCUGCUGUCUGUCUGGAGCCUUCAGGAGGGCAGGAGGUUCCCGAUGUCCUGCAGUGUGCUGGUGUCCCUGCUGCAGAAGCCCAGGCACAGGCACCGCAACUGGAAGCCUCACCUGGCCAUUGGCUUCUACCUCUUUAGGGUAGGUGGGCCUUGGGGGCAUGUGGCCUCGCAGGGCGUCUCCCACCACUUGUCAUCCUUUCUUCCAUUUCCCGACUUCCUCCCCAUCUGCCUCUGUCUACAAACAGACCUGGGUCACUGUGGUGACCAGAGGAGACUGCCCUCUGAGUUUUUCUGGAAAAAUGCCCCCAUAAGAUGGCCUGAAGCAUUUCUCACAGAGAAAGAAGUGAGUCAGGAAUUGCAGCUGGAGCCAGGGACAUACCUCGUUGUGCCCUGCACAUCCAAGGCUGGCCAGGAAGCAGAGUUUGUCCUGAGAGUAUUCUCCAGGAAGCACAUCUUUCAUGAAAUUGGAUGCAAUUCCAGUGCUGUCCUCUCUAAGGAAAUAGCAGACGAAAAUGAAGGGCAGGAUGAAUUCUUCACUAAACUCUUUGAAAAGUAUCCAGAAAUAAACGCAGUGCAGCUGCAGAAGGUCCUGAACCACAUGACCUGGUCAAGUCUGGGGAGUGCCCAGCCUUUCUUCAGCCUGGACGCCUGCCAGGGGAUCCUGGCCCUACUGGAUCUUAAUGCGUCGGGUACCGUGAGCAUCCAGGAGUUCAGGGACCUGUGGAAGCAGCUGAUGCUGUGUCAGGAGGUUUUCCACAAGCACGACAGCAGUCACUCAGGAUACCUGAACAGGACCCAGCUGCAGGCUGCCAUGAGGGAUGCAGGAAUCAUGCUCAGCAAUGACGUCUGCCAGCUGAUGCUUAUCCGCUAUGGCGGCCCCAACCUCCAGAUGGACUUCGUCAGCUUCGUCCACUUGAUGCUGCGUGCAGAGAACAUGGAGGAUGCCUUUCAGAACUUAACCCAAGAUGGCAAAGGGAUCUACCUCCAGAAGCCAGAGUGGCUGAUGAUGACUCUGUACUCCUGA